CCCCGUUUCAGAGAUACUGCGUUAUUUGAAUGGCGUGAUAGGUUUGUUUACGUACUCGUACAUAUAAUUACACACAUUCCAGGCCAUCGCUUAGGUACUUGUACAACCAUAGCUCCUGACCUGUCCCCUCCGAUCUCCAUCUCCAUAAUUCCAUCCACUAGCCUCGACGUCGAGUAACGCGAGGCUGCUCGUGAAUGAGGUACUGUGGCGACGCAGGUACGACCUCACUCACCGAUAGACCAUUCAUUCUGGGAUCUGGCUUCUACGACAACUACAUCUGCUGUGUUUGACGGCAGCUCCUCCGACAACAAACAUUGGAUCAACAAGGGAUAUCACAGCUUGAGCCGCCCCUUCACAACACCUGGACGAAAUAAUAAACACGAAAAACUGAACCCGAGCAGCAGCUCGCCACCAGCCACGAUGGCGUGGACAAAGUCGACGCGGAUUAUUGUGAUGCUGGUGAUUGAUAUCGCCUUCUUCAUCAUCGAAUUGGGCGUUGGGAUCUGGGUGGGAUCGCUGGCGUUGAUGGCUGACGCCUUUCACAUGCUGAACGAUAUUAUAUCUCUACUCGUCGGACUAUGGGCCGUGAAAGCUGCGCAGAAGUCUAGCUCGGACAAAUAUUCCUUUGGUUGGUUACGAGCAGAGAUUCUAGGUGCCUUCUUCAACGCCGUAUUCCUGAUUGCCCUGUGUCUCUCUAUCAUCCUCGAGGCGAUUACAAGAUUCGUCAACAUUGCGACUAUUACAAACCCACAACUCAUUCUGAUUGUUGGCUGUUUGGGCCUGGCUUCGAAUAUCGUGGGAUUCUUCGUUCUCGGUGGACAUGGACAUUCACACGGACCUGAAGAGCAUGCACACGGCCACGAGGGACAUGACCAUGGCGACGACGUUAGAACAGCCGAGGAGGGACAAAUGGGCGCGGUAGACAUCUCAUCGGCCGAUCUUGCUGACGAGACCGGGAGGGUUGGAGAUGUUCUGCCAGAAGCUGUGGUUUCACGAGCCACACGAACUCCCAGACGCUCCACGGAUUCAGGAAGGGAAAGAUUGGCCAAGUUUACAAGCUCCGAUGAGACUGCCAGCACUUCCAAGGGGAGCGACCCAUCACUUUCCCUGGGCAGAUACAACAGCAAUAAGUCCCCUCGCAACAAACGCCCCAAGGUUCGCUCAAGCAGCAUAACAAGCCGCCUCGCCUCUGAUAUCAAUAUCCACCCCGCCAGUUUCCGUCAGGAGAUCAUCGAAGCAAGCCGCAACUCCCUAGACGACAUCCAAAGCGCAGACGACUUCGAAUCCCCUGGCCCCUCAUCCCCAGCGGGCGAGCAAGCCGAGCCAAAUGAGCACUCUCCACUCCGCUCCAGCCCAUCAGAUGGCCUCAAGCCAGCUGGAGGUAACGGCUACGGCUACCAAGCUAUCCGCCAGGACUCCUGGCACGUCGGCCACAACCACAACAAGCCCCGCAAGGACGGCAGCGGCGGCCACGGCCACAACCACGCUGACCUAGGUAUGCGCGCCAUGGUCCUCCACGUCAUCGGCGACGCCCUCGGCAACGUCGGCGUCAUCAUCUCCGCGCUCAUAAUCUGGCUCACCGACUCCCCGAACCGGUUCUACGCCGACCCGGCCGUCUCCCUCUUCAUCACUCUCAUCAUUCUCCGCUCCGCCGUCCCACUGACCUCCGCGACUGCCAAGAUUCUCCUCCAGGCCACCCCCGACCACCUCGACGUCAACGAUAUCAAGGAAGAUAUCCAGAAUAUCCCCGGCGUCGUAUCCUGCCACCAUGUCCACAUCUGGCAGUUGUCGGACUCCCAGAUCAUCGCUAGUCUGCACAUCCAGGUCGCUUUCCACAUCUCCGCCGAGGGCGGCGCGGCACGCUACAUGCAGGUCUCCCAGGCCGUCCGAAAGUGUCUUCACGCAUACGGCAUCCACAGCGCCACCAUCCAACCCGAGUUCUGCCUCGAAAGAGCGCACGACCACGGUGAUGCCAAUGGUGGUGGCGGAGAUGGCGAUAGCACCGCCCGCGCCACGCCGGUGGAUGUGUGUCUCCUGGAAUGCGUGGACGACUGCGUAGGGAAGAGCUGCUGCUCUACCAAGAGCCCGCCGCCGACGCUUUCGGGGGGGCAGCAUGGGGGCGGUGGAUCGCGCGGCAGUGUGUCGCAGGGUAGUAGUAGCCACGGGCACGCGCACCCGGAUGGCAGCCAUGACCACUCGCACGACGGGCACGCGCAUUAGGGGUGCCAAGUAUUGGGUCUUGGAGGGGGUUUAUUGUUACAUUAUUAAUCACUCAUCUUGGCAUGGAAAACGGCUCAGUCAGCUAGCUACACCCCUUGCUGGUAUGGUGUCACUACACUCUCUUGUUCUUUCUUUCUUUACUUUUCACUUCUAGAGCAGGUGGCAUGUGGCGUCUUUUUGGGCAAAUUGGAAGACUGGACAGGGAUUUUUGUCGAGAUAGAGUUUUGGCGUUUUGGGGUGCGAUGGGAUCUCCAUUUCAGGGGGGGGAGGGGAGGAUAGACUAAAACUACUGUAGCGAUACUUGCGGUGGCUUAAUGCAGCAUAUUGCACGUCGUGGAGUUCUUGUGGCCUGUCACGUUGUAGGGGACUGAUUAGCGAUAAUGUUACCAGUAGAAGAUGUAUUGCUAUUUUCGUUCCCUGGCGACUCUUCUUUUCAUUGACCCCCUGGCUACCCUCGUAAGUGAUGGCGUUGUAAUACAACCAUACAAGGCCUGUUAUAUCUUUCAGUAUUAGAGAGGCAAUAAAGGUCAACAUUCUACAGGGCAGCGAACGAAAUACCAUGAGCAAAAAUGCUGGGGAUAGUAUCUCUCCUGGCGCCUGUCGAUAAAAGGCGGUUCGCACAUUCUAUAUUCCGGAGACUGUAAGAGGAAGUAGUAGGAAUUUAUACUAAGUAUGA